UUGGACGAUCAGUUGGACGAUCAGUUGGUCGACCAGUUGGACGAUCAGUUGGUCGAUCAGUUGGAAGAUCAGUUGGUCGACCAGUUGGACGAUCAGUUGGUCGAUCAGUUGGACGAUCAGUUGGUCGAUCAGUUGGACGAUCAGUUGGUCGACCAGUUGGACGAUCAGUUGGUCGAUCAGUUGGUCGACCAGUUGGACGAUCAGUUGGUCGACCAGUUGGUCGAUCAGUUGGACGACCAGUUGGUCGAUCAGUUGGUCGACCAGUUGGACGAUCAGUAG